CACAACACAAUGCCGAAUUUCUGCGCGGCCCCAAACUGUACAAGAAAGAGCACCCAGUCCAACUUGGCAUUCUUCAGGUUCCCAAGAGACCCCGAAAGGUAGCUACGCCGUCAUGUCUUUCUGUGAUAUAACUUGUAGCCUACUGUUUUGCAUAACUCUCACUGUCCAGCCGAAACGUGACAAUGUGAUGAGUGUUCCAUCAAUUAGAGCGUAUCUUGUUCCAUUAGACAAUGCCCAUGUUCUCUUUCAAAGUAUGCAAGCUGUGGGUGGAGAACUGCCGCCGUAGCGACCUGGAGUGCAAGACUCCGGACCAGCUGAACAAGCACUACCGCCUCUGCGCCAAGCACUUCGAACCCGCCAUGAUCUGCAAGACGAGUCCAUACCGCACUGUCUUGAGGGAGACGGCCAUUCCCACGAUCUUCGACUUGACGAGUCACCUGACUAACCCACACAGCAGACACCGCAAGAGGAUCAAGGACCUGACGGAUGAGGACAUCAGGAGAAUCAAAGAGAGGAGAUUGGAGUCGUGUAUGGAGCAGCUUCAGAGCGGCGAGGGCGAGGGGGAUGGGGAGGAAGAGGGGGAGGUGCGGCCGGAGGGAGGUGAGGAAGAGAGUCCUAUGCUGAGCCGCGAGCAGCAAGAGGAGACGCAGUACACCCGCGUCGUCAUGGAAACACUACUCCUCAUGGCGCGCCAGGCCAUCCCCCUGCACACACCACGGGACACACCACGCAGUAGAAGGAGCAUCCCACAAACACGCUUACGAAGUCACACGGAGGAGGAGGAGGAGGAGGAGGAGGAAGAAGAAGAAGAAGAAGAAGAAGAAGAUGAUGAUGAAGACGAGGCCUCAUUGCACAGUAACCUGCAGGCCCUGCUAGAGCUGCGUAUGGCUGUGGGGGAUGCAGUACUGCACCGCCAGCUGGAGGGGGCAGCAGUCAACCAGGAGUGGUGCCCUCCAGAGGAGGUGGAGGGAGUGCUGUGUGCCCUGGAGGAGGCCAGCAGGGAGGAGGUGCUGAGGGAGGUGAGGUGCGCCUCCUCCUACUCCCUCCUGACGCUGGAGCCUGAGGAGUUCCCCCGCGGCCCCCGGCUGCCCCUCUGCCUGAGGUACGUCGACCAGGACGACGCCCUCCGCGAGGAACUGGUGGCACUGCUGGAGCUGCCCCAGGGGACACCGGGGGACGUCGGAGAGGAGACGCAAGGGGACGGGGGCGGGGAUAAGGACGGGGACAGUGAGAGCGACAGGUAUGGACGGGCCCUGGCUUGGCACCUGGAGGCCCAGCUAACUAAGGUGUCGGGGCUCAGCAUGGAGCAGUGUCGCGGCCAGGCACACGCCGCCACAGGAGCCCUCUCUGGUUACAUGCGGACCGCUGCAGAGUGCUUAAGCAACAAGUAUCCACUAGCGGUGUUGACUCCCCAGUCCUGUGUGUCUCUCAACGUCUUGUUAGCGCGCCGCUCUCGGCUAGCCGGCGUCACCACCGCGCUAACAAUUAUCGGCCACAUGGAGGCGCUCCUGCUCUCGUCGCCACAGUUACGCGCAGAGAUGGGCCGCAGCCUGGACCUGCUGUUGCCAGGCAACCCGGAGAGGGCGGAGUACCUGCGGGGGGCGUGUUCCUCCGGCUGGAGCGAACGGCACGACGCGUUCGAGAUCGCCGUGGAGAUGGUGGAGCCAAUGGUAUUGUGUCUAGGCACCCUGCGGGAGGAAGGGGAGGAGCUAAGGCAGGAAGAGGAAGAGGAGGGACAAGUGAAGAAAGAUGAGGAACAAAAGAAGGAAGAGGCGGGGCAAGAGAAGAAGACGGCCAGUCAGUGGGAUGUUGCGUCCCCCUGGGGCACCUCCCUGCGUAGGCGUGCGGUGGCGGUGAGCGAGGCGCUGGGUGACUUCUCUCUCCUGGUGACGCUAGUUGUGCUGCGCCACACGCUGGCCUUCACCCGGGCCUUCGGGAAGAAUCUCCACGGCAACACGCUGGAUGUCUUCCUGGCGGCCAAUAGCCUGCCGGCCGUCCUGCACUCGCUAGCGGAGGUGCUCGACAACAUAGAGGUCUAUCAUGAGUUUUGGUUCGAGGAGGCCGUAUCCCUGGCAGCCAAUGUGAGCGUGGGCCCGUGUUUGCCCCGCGCAGUUCUCCUCCGGCAGGAGGCGGAGCCCGUCUCCCCGGAGUCCCACUACAGGCAGCACCUGACCCUUCCCAUCAUGCACUUCGUCAGGCAGGAAGUGCGCUCGCUCUUCUCGGAGCAGCACGUGCGCGCGCUGCGCUGCCUGUCGCUGGUGCCCGCGGUGAUGGGCCACCUGAAGUUCAACACGGCGGCGGAGGACACCUCGCACGCCUCCCACAGUUACCGCGGCGACCUGCCCAACCCCGACACGCUGGCCGCCGAGCUGCACUGCUGGCGCAUCAAGUGGAAGCACCGCGGGCGGGAGGUGGCCCUGCCCUCCACGCUGGCACACACGCUGGCGCUGCCCGAUCUCAAGUUCUUCCCCAACGUCCGGGCCUUCCUGCGCGUCCUGGCCACGCUGCCGUUGCUAUGGGAUACCGCCCGGGCGGAGGGGGAGGGGAGCACCGAGGGGGUCUCGAGCGCCCGGCGGAGACUCCGCUGUUACCUGGCCAACACACCCGUGCACCUGAGACACACCUCCCUGGCCCUGCUCUACACACACACACACCUGCUCAUGGACCUCACACACCUGGCCAGGCAGUACACACAGCACGGCAGGGACGCACAGCACACAAACACACAGGAGGCACACACGCAUAAGGACGGGGAACAACAAGAACAACAACAGCAUACACACUCACAAGAGGCCAGCAGGGACGCUCAACACACACACGCAGACUCACAGGAGGAUGGGGUGGAACGCCAACACACACUCUCACACACACACUCAAUCAAACAGGAGCAGGACACAUACUCACCCACACAGGAGGGGAGCAUAGACCAGAAGGUAAACACACAAGACAAAACCACCUCCUGAUAAAGCUCAACUUACCACUGGUCUAACACACACACACACACACACACACACACACACACACACACACACA